UGCUGGAGCAAUGGCCGGUGCACACUGGGUAGGUGCUGAAUCCAGAAUGUCGCCCUGCUCCUGAGUCCAGGGCCCAGGCUUGACUCCUGGUUCAGGUGUCUGGCACCACACACGGCUACAUUCGCAGGAGCUGCUGACCCCGUGGGAGCAGCACAGAGAGCCCUGAAGGGAAGGUGCCAUGUCUGACGUGCUGGUGGGAUUGUGAGUGAGCAGCCAUCGCCGCAGUGGCUGGAGCGAUGCUGCGUGGGGUCCGUCUGCUGUUGCCCUGCAGUCCUGCCUAGCCCAUGGCGGGUGCCUUGGAGCGGUGGUGCUGAACAGGCCCGAGAGCCCGCCAGGCCCCUGCAGUGAUUUGGAGGCAGAUCCCGACGCCCGUGAUGGUGGGAGCCAUUCCUCGGCAGCCGCGCCGCUUCUGGGGGGUGCCCGGAUGGCAGGUGUCUCCAGCUAGCUGUGCCAACGACCGUCUGCUGCUGGGGCAGGAGAGCUGCUCGGCGAGGGAUGCGGCACUGCAGUGCACUCCGUAGCGGAGGGCUUGUCCGGAGGGAAGGGGUCUGAGACACCACCCCCUUUCUUCAGCCCCGUGACCUCCUGACACCGUACACCCCUUCCCUGCCGCUUUAUGGGCUGUUUCGUCUUUGGCUCUGGUUGGGGUCCAGCCCGCUAAGGCUCCAUGCGGCACAUCCAUGCUGAGGCGUCCCUCCCCCAGGAGCAUGGCACAGACUCGGGCCUGUCCCGGCCAGGCGGCCAGGCGGCCUUGGAGCCACCCCCAGAGCGCUGCCCCCGCCGCAGCAUCGUGAUGGGCUACAACAAGACGGAGAUCAAGCGCCAGAAGGUUUAUCAGGUCUCCAUCUUCUCCCACCUCUCCAGCUCCUCCGAGCCAGCAGACCAGAGAGCUGGGGGUGGGCGGCAGGCCAUCAAGAGAGGGUACCCAGAGCAGUGGGCUCCGGAGGCUGGGCGGGAUCCCAAGCGAGCCCACUGGGGGGGCACGGGGGCUGAGGCCAGGCAGGACGGGAUCCCUGGGGAGCUGCACCCUGGCCAGGACGCCCCAGAUGCCACCGCCUUGGAGGACGGGCUGCUGGUGGAGGAGCUGUCCCUUUGUGGCUCGGCCCAGCACUUCUCCCACAGCGGCCUGCGGGUGGUGGAGCACCGAUGUGGGGCCUGGGAGAGCAGCCCCAGGGCCUGCCGAGAGGACAGAUUGCGGGAGGCUGCCUCCCCCUGGCCACAGCACACAGCUUGCAGCACUUUGCACAGGAGAGACAGUUGCCCUGCCCAGCUGGGGGCUGGCCCCUUGGGGAGUCCCAGAGCCUGUGGCUCCGUGGAGGGCAGGGAGUGCCCCGGGCUGGCUGAAGCCAGGGAGCAGCCUGCGGAGGGGAGCGGGGCCCGGAGGGAGGAAAGGGCUAGCAGCCAAAAUCGACUUGACAUUGAUUUGCACAAUAUUGCACAAAAACCCUGGGCAGCCUCGGGUGGGAGGGGGGAGGAGCAGACAGGGGGCAGCCCCGCCCACAGCCAUGGGGCUGGCAGAGAAGGGGAGCCGCUGACUGGGGCCGAUGGGCACAAGGAGCCCCACACCCCACGGGUGGCCCUGGGCCCCGAGAGCAACGGCCUGGGCUCCUCGGAGAAAACGCCCUGCAUGGGCAGCAGGCCCCCCGGGGCCGGUGGGGGCAGCUGCGCGGCGAAGAGGAAGCUGCUGCCCUCGGGCGAGGGCGUGGCGGACUCGUGUUCGGAAGACGAGAGCGUGGCACCGGCGAGGAAGAAGCGGGCCCCGCUGUGCCACCCCAUCCUGACCGCCUGCCGCAGCACCGAUGCCAAGGGCGCCCCCUUCUGGAACCACCUGCUUCCAGGUGCCAAGCGCUCCGCAGACGGCACUGCGGUGGGGCGAAGGCUAAAGAGUGGGCUGCGCCUGAAAUCGAGACAUCUCCGCAGCAGCCUCCGGAAGGGGCCUGUGGGCACCCGGCCCUCCGCAGCUGCCUGGGCCACCACUUCCAUCAGCCAUGCUCUGCUGGGGAACUUUGAGGAGUCCAUCCUGAAGGGGCGCUUCGCCCCAUCAGGCAGGAUUGAAGGGUUCACCGCGGAGAUCGGGGCCAGCGGCUCCUACUGCCCCCAACACGCCACCUUACCCGUCGACGUGACCUAUUUUGACAUCUCGGAACACAGCGCGCCCUCACCGUUCCUGGGAGUGAUAGACUUGGAAGCCUUGGGAAAGAAGGGUUACAGCGUCCCCAAAGCUGGAACCAUCCAAGUGACCUUAUUUAACCCUAACAAAACUGUGGUAAAGAUGUUCCUGGUGACGUACGACUUCCAGGACAUGCCGGCCAGCCACCUGACCUUUCUGCGCCACCGCAUCUUCCUGGUGCCUGUGGGGGAGGAGGGGCCCGGCGAGGCACCCAGUGACCCGGCCUGCGCCAGCCCGCCCAGGAGGGUCCUUUGCUACCUGAUGCACCUGAGGUUUCACAGCUCCAAAUCGGGGAAGAUCUACCUUCACAACGACAUCCGGCUGCUCUUCUCCCGCAAGUCGAUCGAGGUCGACUCGGGGAUCCCCUACGAACUGAAAUCCUUCACGGAGAUGCCAAGGAACCCCUGCUACUCACCCCGGGCCUGAGCGCGGGGAGUCCCAUGCCCCCCUCUCCACCCUCACCCCAGCACUUCGUAGACAAGUAAAGGGCAAGAGAGCGGAGCCAUCUCCUCCCCCAGAGGUAUUGGCCCCCACCAAGCUGCGAGUUGGUGAGGCACGCACACACACACCCCUUGACAGCGGCUUCGCACCUUUACCAGAGAGUGAGCAUGGUGACGGGAUCAUGGAGGUGGCUGCAUGGUGUGUCCGGGAGCUGGCGUGCUGGCUCCUGUGCCCCCAGUGGGUCAGAGACGCUCCUAGGCCUCUGGUUGCCACAGCUCCAAGCCAUGCCCUUCAAGGGAGGCUCGGGGGCAGGAGGGCCCUCGGUCUGGGGGGCUCGGAUCAGGCGGAGCUGAGCUGGCUCCCAGGCUGUGGGGAAGGAUGGAGCAGAUGGCAGCUCUCGGAGGGGGAGGUGCUGUAUUUAUUAGUAUUUAUUGUUGGUGAGGAGCCAGGAUGGAGGGUUCACGGUGUGGCUCGUAACCCAGCCUUGAUCACAAGUGCAGUGAGUCCGAUGGGCUCUGCUCUUGAUGCCCUGUGCAUGUUGCACGACCAACUGCACAGCCCAGCACGACAAGAGACGCUCAGCACUGGAAGAGCAGGGGAGACUGAGUCAGGAUUGAGGGGUAUUAACAAAACUGGUUGGUGGGACUGGGGCUGUGGAUUGGGAUUGAGGGGCACUGGCAGGGUGGGAUGGAGAGCCCAGGGCUGCAGGUUGGGAUUGAGGGGCACUGGCAGGGUGGGAGGGAGAGCCCAGGGCUGCAGGUUGGGAUUGAGGGGCACUGGCAGGGUGGGAGGGAGAGCCCAGGGCUGCAGGUUGGGAUUGAGGGGCACUGGCAGGGUGGGAGGGAGAGCCCAGGGCUGCAGGUUGGGAUUGAGGGGCACUGGCAGGGUGGGAGGGAGAGCCCAGGGCUGCAGGUUGGGAUUGAGGGGCACUGGCAGGGUGGGAGGGAGAGCCCAGGGCUGCAGGUUGGGAUUGAGGGGCACUGGCAGGGUGGGAGGGAGAGCCCAGGGCUGCAGAUUGGGAUUGAGGGGCACUGGCAGGGUGGGAGGGAGAGCCCAGGGCUGCAGGUUGGGAUUGAGGGGCACUGGCAGGGUGGGAGGGAGAGCCCAGGGCUGCAGAUUGGGAGUGAGGGGCACUGGCAGGGCUGGCCGUGCAGGGCCUGUGGGCUGAGACUGAGGGGUGUUGGCAGAGCUGUCGGAGGGAGGGGCUCUUCUCUUGCCCUCACUAGUCCUAGUGCUCUCUGCAGAAGCCCCAGCUCCACCUGAGGGAACUGGAGGGCUGGCAAGAGCCCCCGUGCAUGGCCCGGAGGAAAGGCCUCGUGUGUGGCCUGCUGGGCCCUGUCUCCCCAGGGACUGGGCCCUUGUUCAGUCAGUUGGGGGAGCCUCUGUUGCUGCUCCCCUACCCCUGUGGGCAAGUCCAGCCCCUUGGGGUGUCCCUGGAUAGCAGGGAAGUAGUUGCUGGCUGCAGCGGUGGGCUGAGCAGGUGGCCAGGGGUGCUGUGGGGGGGGGGGAAGGGGUCUGUACUGGGGCCACCCCUGCUAUUCAACAUCCAUGUGAGCUGGGCUGAGCUGUGUCUGUUGUCAUGGGUAUUGCUGCAGGAGACUUCUCAAAGGAAGCCCAAGCCGCUGUGAGAAGGGGGAGGGGGCUCUUUCCUCUCCCCUACCUCCCAGAGCAGGGGCACCCAGCGUUUCUCCGGUGGUCUGGAGCCCGGGGCCCUCACUAAGCAGGCUGCGUUGGGGCAGGGGGAGGGGCGGGGUUCUGGGGUAAUGCUGGUGCAUAGAUCCCCCUGCCCAGCUGGAGCUGGUGGUAGGUGUGGCUGUUUCUGAGGAUGCAGGAAAGCCAAAAGCUGCAGCUGCAGCAGACAGCUCCUGGGCUCAGCCUGGCCCCCAGGCACUGGGCGUGGGCUGAGCGAGGCCAAGUGGGGCCUUGCAAGUGAGAAGGGGAAGCCAGAGGGUGCAUGUGGUCACUCCCUGGCAGCAUGUCUGGUAUGAGGGGUUACAGGAGGGGGAUCCUAGGGGCUGGGCUAACCCCAUACUCCCUGGCUGACAGCAGAGACAGUGCUGGCCUCCCAAGGCCCCACGUGGCUGUAAAUACCCCAUCUCCCGCCAUGGGAGAUGGUCCUUCCCCUCUGUCAGUCCCUGCCUGGGCUCACCCUGAGCUCCUCUCUCCUGCCUGUGCCUGUGGAGAGUUGAGUGAGCUCUGCCUGAGUCACCGCAACCGGCUGAGCCCUCCAGACCCAGAGGCCGAGCCCUCCCCGGGGGAAUUCUGGCAGGUCCCUCAGCUGUGAGUCACCUGAGCUCCCCUGGCUUUGACGGAGCCGCGGCUUGCCUUGCUGCACCUUGCUGUGACGGCCUUGCUUGGGGCUCAGGGCCGGUGACGGGAAGUGGCUGCUCAGCGUUUUCACUGCACUGUGGGAUUGGAUGGCAGGAAACAGGCAGGGGGCAAUGGCUCUAGCCCUGUGACCUAGCAAACUUGGGGAGAAAAGAAUGCAAAUGGGGGGAGGGCCAAGCACAGGGCUUGAUGUUUGGGGCAGUCACAGGAAUGGGAUUUAGGGUUGCUUGGAGCAAUAUCUCCCCAGCCUGGAAGAACCCUGCAGAGAAUGUUAUGGAGCCUGUCCUGGCCCCAGAUGUGAGGGAAUCAGGCGUGGGAGGGGAGGUGGCCAGAGAAAUGGGGCGGCCUUGGCACUCUCUCUAGACCAGGAGUUGGGCUUGCAAGAGUCUGGCCUGAGGUGCCUGAGAUCGUGGGGGGACAAAUAUGGCCUGAGACCCAGGGUGGUGGGGAGUUAAACGAGGACCCCUAAGGAUGGAGUGGAAAGACCUCCUGCACACACUUCCCCCCAGCAGGAGGAAGCAUGGGCUUAGUUGCAUGCCAGGCCCGGGGCCAAGGGGAAAAUCCUGCAGAGCACAGCUCCUCCUUCCCUAUUGCGCACCAGGGUGGCAGGCGUGAGGACUACAGUUCCCAGCAGGCCAUGCACCAUCUCCAGCUGAGCGGCUCUUCCCACAGCUGAUGUAGAGGGACACUAUUCUAAGUGUAACUUUUAGCAGCAGGUCUUUGUGCAGAGCCUGUGUCGCAGCCGGGGCACUGGGGGUCCGGAGCGAUCUCCCCGUUUCAAACGAGGCUGUCGGGCCCCAGAGGGAGGGAGUGACUCCGGCCGAGCUACCUCAGGUUAGAGCUGCUGCUUCGUCCAUUUCAUGGGGAGGCUCCGUCGUCCCCUUCCCCGCGGGCCCUGUAGCUGCUGGUCCCUCGGCACUGUUGUUCACAAGAUCUUGCAUCCUGCUCCAGAAACAAGUUGGGGGAACAAACACUUACAAAAACUUGAAGAAGAAAAAAAAAAAGAAAAGAAGAAGAAAUAUAGUACCUGGUACUUCUCCUUUGUAAUUUAAUAAAUGUCUGUUUGGAAACGGAA